CACAGAAGAAGAAGUUUGCUGUCUACUGUGACGUUCAAAAUGUGGGGGCGGUAACUUGCUAGCUAGCAAUCUAGUUAGCUCUUGUCUAACUUGUUUUCUAUUUAUUAAGAUGUAUUAAAAAGAUGUAUUAUUCUGUGUGAGCGGGUUGCUAGUUGCAAACGAUGCGGAUGAAUAGCCUUACGUUACUCAUCAAGUUAACCUUUCUAUAGCUAGAUCUAACCAUGCGAUAGUGUGUAUACUAGCUAGUUCUAACGUUAUGUUAGUUGCUAUAUCUGGCUACUGACUGUACGCUAGUACUGUAGCGUCGAGCUAAAAACGCAUCUACAGUAGUUAGCAAUACGUGAUUAAUUGUUUUGUAGGCUAUGUCAGGAUGCAGUUGAUGCAGCUUCAGAUAUUAUUUAGUCCUUGUGCGAGCAGCUUUAGAUAGCUUGCAAAUGUUAGGGUUAGGGUUAAGUGCCUUUUAAUUCUGUCUUACAAAAUGAGUCCAGUUAAAGAUGACUAUCAGGAAAUAAGACCCGUGUCUUUGCGUCUUUUAGAAGAGAAUGUCACCUCCAGUCUAUACUGUGGGACUGUCAAGGGGAUGGAAGAUCAAGUUUUACUGGAAGCCUUCUUGGUAGAAGUCUACCGCUGUCGAGUGUGUCAGUUCAGUACUGGUCUGAAAGCCAAUAUUAACGCGCACUUUUUGGAUGGACAUGAAUUGGGAGCCUCCACUUGCACCGUUCUCUCAUGUAUGAAAAAGGAUGAAGGGGAGAAUCUUCGUGUGGAUGUUGGAAUAGGGGUUGAUGGAGAGGACAGUGACAUUGAUCAAAAUGGCUCUCCCUUCAACUUAGAAGAUGAUCUGCAUCCUUCUUCCAAGGAUGGUGUCAACCAUAUUAAUCAUAUGGGAUUGGAUCGCAUUUCCUUUCUCCUGCCAAUGUAUGACAUGCUGCCAAACAUAAGCCCACGGUCAUGUGACAUGGGACUUGACUCCAACUCAGAUGGAAGCCUACAUGUUGCACAGACUUGUGAGGUAAGCACUCUGUUUGUUGAGGAACAACAGGAUAAGGAUGAAGAUGACAAGGACUGCAUGUUUGAAUUGGAGGGCGAUGCCUCUGUCAAUCUGUCCUGUCCAAUAGGCUCAGUAGUGAAUGACACCGGGAGCCAGGAUGAGGAAAUGGCCCAGUCGGCUCACCUAAGGACCCUAGGACUGUGUCGUAUCUCUACAGCCAAGACCCUUCCAAGCCAAACAGAGACCCUAAACACAAAGCUGUCCUCAAUCCCAGUCUGUCAAGAGAGCUCCUCUCAGGAUGAUAAGAUUCCUAAGAAGCCCCCACUACAGCAUCUGCUCCCCAAGCAGUGGAGGUCAGGCAGGGGGAAACCACUUUCAUGCAUUUUUUGCAAUGCAAGACUGACCUCCAAACGUUUGAUUAAGGUCCACCAGAAGUCCCCUAAAGGAGACAAGGGCUUCAAGUGUCUGUGGUGUAGGUGGAGGCGGAGCAGAUGGUGGGAGAUGGAGCUCCACCGGAGGGGUCAUGGGAGGAGGAGGAGAUGGUGGGAGAGGCGUUCCAGGCCCUACAGUUGCCAGAUCUGUUCCCAGACGUUCCGAAGCAUUCAAUCUCGUGAUGCCCACAAACAGAAGCACAGUCAAAUCCAAAGCAGUCAAGGAUGCUUCAUGUGCCUGCAUUGUGACUACAGUGGUAGGUCCUGGGAAAGGCUACACAAACACAUUGUCUUAAAGCAUAAGAGCAUCGUGGACAAUAAGAUGGAUGUCUCAGAUGAAUGUAACUCAAAGACAUACAUGCAUCGUGAAAUCACUUAUCUUGAGGACUUGGCUGAAGGGGCUAGGUCUGAGAAGUCUUCUCACUUAAGAAAAACUAAGAUGAAGCUGACCAGGGGGAAGAAGAAUGCAGAGGGGGAAGAAAAGAAUAUGCCACGAAAAGAAGAACAGUCAACAAAGAGUAAAGGGUUUUGCUGUGCCCUCUGUGAUAGGACGUUCUCCACAAAGCUUACGAUGCGUCGCCACAUGGGAAUCCAUCAGGGCUACAAACCAUUCGAGUGCCCACACUGCCAGUACAGUACCCGCCUCAAGGCCUCCCUGGUACAACACCUACGAGUUCAUACAGGAGAGAAGCCCUACAAAUGCCCCCAGUGUCCGUAUGCUUCCAUUGAUAGCAGUUCUCUACUCAGACACUCUCGAACACAUACUCAGGAGAAGCCCUACCACUGCCAGUACUGCCCUUACAGCAGCAUUCAGAAGAAAAGCUUGGACCUGCAUGCCCGUCGUCACCACACGGGCCAGUCUUUCCCCUGCCACCUGUGCCAGUACUCCAGCCCGGACCGACAACUACUUGUACGCCACCUGCGCAAGUACCACACUACAGAACAACCCCCCAGUACUGGAGCAGCAGUCACCUGAAGGUGCCUUGAUCUGGCAUCUUACUAAACAAGAUUAUGGCUAUGUGAAAUGAAUGACUUUCUUACUAAAGACUUUUUCAGACCUUUAGCUGAAUGAGAAAGACAAGUCAAUGAGUGAAAAUAGCAUGUCACAACUUUUCUACACAAGAGUGACAAGUCAAGGGGUUGCAAUGAGUGGUUGUUUAGGCGAUUGUUGGCACCUGCACUUCCCUUGGGUGGGAGCUACACUUAUGAAACGGUGGUUGAGUUCCUACAAAAGGGCAGCGUAUAACAUGAGUGAACAGUUCUACGGAAAAGUAAGCGCAGAAGGUGUUCUUAUUUAAUCUAUAUCAAUAAAUAUAAUUUAUGCCUUAUUUUAUUCCUUAUUUUUUACCUUGAAAUGAUUGACUGUAAUUCCAACGUGGCACCUCAAGGCUUAAUUUAGAGAAUAUACAGAGAGUGGUUUGUUAUGUAAGUGAACUAACUUUCAUCUAUUUUGUUUGUAGUCGGCUCCUUCAGAAAGAUGUUGUUUUAUUGUGUGACUAACUCCAUAAACACAACACAUUCUGUUGAAUUAGUAAGCUAAGUGGUACAAGUGCAUUGGCCAACUGGAUAUAAGGCCACCAUGCUUCAAACCAAACCUCUGCAACUCACUACGCAAUCCCUGCAAGGAGAUUAAAGUUAGUUUUUUUUUAAAGAAGCAAACCUUGAUGUGAUAAGGACACAAUAGUUCUUACAUGAAUUGACAGGUAGCUGACACUCAUCAUUCAGCUACUUUGGUUGAAAGUCAGACCAUGGGGGACUCAUGUAACAUACUUUCCGAUACAUCCUGUCACUAGUCAAUUAGAUUGUAGGUCAGUGAUUGGAACUACUACUGGAGCAAUGUAACAGGUCAUUUCAACUAGCUUUGUUAAGGAUUCCAGUUAGCCCUGCUCUACAUAAUCCUCUGCUUCUGUAUUGAUCAGACAUGCAUAAAGCACUCAAACGAUUGCUCUCUAUUUAGGGACAAAGUUGUGUGCUGUCUGACUGCAAAUGGUUGAAAGUUGUUGUGGUGGACUAAUGACAGAUCUAAUUACCUGUAGAACAUCUCUUUUGAUUGACCUACAUCUUAUUUUAUUUGUCCCUUUGCAAUGUCUGACCUACAAGCUAUAAUACAUACAAAUGGCUUAAAGCCAUGGAUUAAAGAAACAAUGUAUUUAAAAUAAUGUCGUUUUUAAUUUCAUAGACAUUGUAUUCACAUUUCCAUUGAAAAUAUAUGCCACAAUCCCGUU